AUGUGUAGUCCCCAAACCAUUCUGGACAAGAUUGUAGACAAAAUUGUUGAUAAAGUGAUCCAAUCGGUGGUGUGUCAUAUCCGUUUUGUUACUUGCUACAAAGGAAACUUGGAGAAAUUGGAUGCUAAAAAGGACCUGGAAGAUCAGUGGCAAAAAGUCAAUGACGAAGUUGAUAAAUACAAGACCCUUGGUGAAGACAUUGAGGCUAAUGUUUCAAACUGGCAAACAGAGGCGGACAAGAUGAUAAGAGAAGUUGAAGAAUUUGUAAACCACAAAACCAAUAAGGAAAGCAUGCAAUGCUUUAAAUUUUCAUGUCCCGACUACAUCUCACGCUACAAAUUGAGCAAGCAAGCAGAAAGGAAGAUUGGUGAUAUCAAAAAUCUCACUCAAAAAGGAAAAUUUGACAAAGUUGCACAUCCUAAACCAGCUCCUCAGAAACUUUUAUUCCCAUCCAGUGCUGAUUUUGUAAGUUUGGAUUAUAUGAUUUUCGAUUCAAGAGAAUCGAUUUUCGAGAGGAUCAUGGAUGCAUUAAAAGAUUCCAAGGUUUACAAGAUUGGGGUACAUGGACUAGGAGGGGUAGGUAAGACGAAAAUGGUUGAAGAGGUUGGAAAACAAGUGAAAAAAGAUGGACUUUUUGAUGAAGUUGUGAUGGCAGUUGUCUCUCAAGAUGCAAAUGUGAGAAAAAUCCAAUUGCAAUCUUCUGUUCAGAAGAGAAGAAUAGGAGGAAAAGAGAAGAAGAGAAGGUCGAGAACACAGAACACAGGUUCAGAAGAGAAGAAUACGAGGAAAAGAGAAAAAGAGAAGGUUGAGAACACAGAACACAGGUUCAGAAGAGAAGAAGGGGAGGAAAAGAGAAGUAGAGAAGAAGAGAACAGAAGCAAAGAGUAG